UGGUUAUAGCAAUGGAUGAAAAGUUAAAUAGGGCGGCAACUGACUGGAAGACUUUUCCCAGCCUAAAGGUUGACAUAGAAAAGACAAAGAGAGCUAUCAAAAACACAUUUCUUCAAAACGUGUGUAACUGUGGGAGAGGUGAUUACAUUUGUGUAUCAGAGAAUAAAGAGCUUCGUUGUGAGCACAAAUGUGAUUCCACUACCGGAAAAUACUGUAGAAAUAAUGGUCACUGUGUUAACGAUACAAUUUCACAAAAAGCAUUUUGUCUAUGCAUCAAUUCAGAUAAACAUAUAUUCUAUGGUGAAAAUUGCGAGCAUAGUAUGCAGAAGACAACGAGUUCAACAACUCCAGACCCGUUUCCGGUCAGCAAGCUUACCAUCAUCGCAAUUUCUGGAGGGACCGGAGGAGCAUUAUUGCUAAUCAUUCUUAUAUCUACCAUCUGCUUUUGUUGCCGUUUGAAACAUGCAAAAAAGGAAGGAUCAUUUAGCGAAACGUCUUCAAAAUGUGACAGCGAUAUCAUCCGGGAUAACAAGAAGAUGGAAAGCAUCCCUCUUGAAUCUGGAAGGUUGAACCCAGGUUAUCGAGAUGAUCGACAGGAAUCAGGAAGGAGAUAUCCUUUGGAACAACCCCAGGCAACCAAAUCAAACCCACUUUACAGAGAUGAUUACGGAGACCAGCGUAAGGGGUACCAGACUGAUCCCGAACCAAGAUAUCAAGACCAUGACAGAAUAUCUCGGGGAUCGUUCAACCCCCAGACCUCCAACGACCGGCUAAGGACUGAAUCUUCGGGGAAUCGUCAACCAGUGAGGCAUUACAACGAUUCGGAAGCUUCCUACCGGGAUCAGCGAGAAUCUGAGAACAGCUAUAGACCACGGGGCAUCAGCAGCGAACGAAACAACAGGAGGGUGUGGCCUGAGGAAAUCCGCAGAGACAGAAAUAAUAGCAACGAUAGACACUAUCCAAAAGGGCGAUCUGAGGAGAGCAGCACUGGUGACGACAGAUACGUCUACAUAGAGGGAGACGGUGGGGUUCGUCGUCUCUUUAAAAGAGUUGAUGACAAAGACUUGGGGGGAGAGACCCUUAUUUAUCAGCCGUCAAACAUGCCUCGCCCGAUCCAAAGAGAGAACGUUGACUCCGUGGGUGACAAUUUCAUCAUGCGGCCAGCCCCUCCCCAAGACAACGAGAGGAGGAGUUCUUUUUACGAUACGAUUGACUCGGAAAAUCCGUAUAAAAUCAAAAGACCUGUUAUCAGGCAAAAUAAUUUGUAUUCGUAAAUGUUCCGGAUCAUCAGAAGUAAAAGGUGGAUUCCUGGGAUUUUUUUUUUAGUUUUUCGUUGCUAUAGUGCAUAAAUAGUCAGUAUAAAAUAUAUUGUGCAAUGUUAUCGGAGAAUCGUUUUGAAAAUACAACAAUAAACUAAUGUGCAAUGAAAUAUGUCAAUAGAUAACAAAUUACAUAUCACAUCAUAAUAAUUAACACUAAAAGGACAAAGUUUGUAAUCCAGUGUCAAUUAGAUUGCUAUGAAUGACAAGGCCUGUCAGUUUCAUGAUUUAUACAUUUCAGCGUACGAGAAUAAGUAUUUGCUAGGACGUGAUAUAUUUUUUUAAUUGGUUUGAUCCAUUUUAUUGAUAGAUAUUUGUAGUACAUGUUUACACAUUUAAUGCUUUCUGCUUAUAAUUAUAUUUUUGAAGAUUUCGAUAUGGGUAUUAAAAAGGUAUGGAGGUAUUAAAAAGUGAACAAUUUUUGUCAUCUAUUAAUAUAAAUAGCAAUAAAUAUAUAACGCAUGUAUUAUUACAGUGGUUUUUUUCCCAUAUUUUCAUUUAUUUAUUCACAUUGCUUUGCUUUUAUGCCAAAGAGAUGAUUCAAACAAUGAUAUACUUGUAUCAAUUAUAUGUUUUGAGCUGCAUUUGUUGCUGUUAAAGUGAUUUAUAUCUUAUGUAUUCAAAAAAAAUCUUGCAGUAUAAACUAUGCAUUUAUUGUUAUAUCCAUUAAGUUUCUUUGUAUAUUUUUAAUAAGUCAUUCAUAUUACUGUGGUUUUACUCUUUAAUAAAUUUAUAAAUCAAAUCAA